AUGAGCAAAGCUUUAUCGAGGUCUCAAUUGAAAACGUUGAUCGAAAGAAUCACCAAGCUCUAUCCGUCAAGUUAUGCGGAUAACAGUUGGGACAAUACGGGCCUUUUAAUUGAUUGCUCAGCAACGCAAGAAAGUGUCAAAAAUCCUAAGGUUUUGCUUACAAUCGAUUUGACAGCUGCUGUUGCGCAAGAAGCGUUGAAAAAUGACUGUAGCUUAAUACUGGCGUACCACCCGUUCGUAUUUCCAAGCUGGAAGCGUUUGAGCCCUUGGACAAAUUCUCAGCAUCAAUCAGCCAUACAGCUGAUACAAAAUGGUGUUAGUGUCUACUGUCCUCAUACGGCCGUGGAUGCAGCAAAGAAUGGCGUCAACGAUUGGUUAGCAAGCGCCAUGGUCGAUGAUCAAUCGCUGAUAAAAUCAAGUGUUAGUAUAGAGCAAGUUUUGCCAGUGCAAGGAGAACGCGCAACCGAGGUUGGUUACGGACGUGUCGUUGAGUUCACCAAGUCAGUCUCCAUCAAGUCCAUCAUUGGGUCGCUGAAAACUACAUUGGGAGUUCAAAACCUUCAACUUGCUUUAAAAGAAGCCUUGGAUGACUUUAAAGUGCAAAAGGUCGCAUUAUGCGCCGGAAGCGGUUCGGGUGUGUUUAAGAAUCUCAAGGAAGAUGCUGACCUGUAUCUCACAGGUGAAAUGUCGCAUCAUGAGAUUUUACGACUAAGGGAAAUGGGCAAAGGUGUGAUCGUAUGCAAUCAUUCCAACACAGAGCGUGGGUUUUUGAGGCAAGUGAUGUUGAAAGAACUAUCCGACGCAGGCAUUCAAUGCAUAGUUAGCUCAGAAGACUGCGAUCCUCUAGUGUUUGUAUAG